AUGCAUCGGUCUUCAGCUGAAUCUACAAAAGACGAUGUUCAUGCGGAACGGAUGGGUCUCGGAUGCUCCAUUCACGCUCAACGGAACGAACAUAUCCGAAUGCACCAGCUACGUUUAUCUGGGUCGGGAACUGAACAUGAUGAACGACCUGGCCCCCGAGCUGGACAGGAGGAGAAGAGCGGCUUGGGGAGCGUACAAGAGCAUCGAGGAUGUAGUGAAGAAGACCAGGAACACCCGGCUCCGUGCUCACCUCUUCAACAACACCGUACUUCCUGCUUUGACCUAUGCUUUGGAAAUUUUUGGGCAUUUCGCAAGCAGGAAGAAAACGCGGUGAGCGUCAUUGAACGCGCAAUUGAGAGAGUGAUGCUAGGAGUGUCCCCUUUCACGCAAGUGAGAGAUGGGAUUCGAAGUUCUCUCUUACGUCAGCGAUCGAAGAUAAGAGACGCCACCACGUUUGCCAAGGAAAGUAAAAUAAGGUGGGCCGGACACGUGAUGCGCUUUAACGACGUUGGACCAGAGCCGUGA